AUGGAAAUUAAUCGCUAAGCAAAUAAGACAAUAGCAACUUUUGAAGAUGCAUUUCCGCAAUAUAAUGGCCCAAUGCGAUUGUUUGGAACUCUAAAAAAGAAAUAAAAAGGGGGCUUGGGUAAACUAUUGCAAAAAUUUGAAACUAAGCAAGUCGAUUUAAAUUUGUCUACAGGAAUUUUUUCAUAUUCAGAUAAGAAUGGCAACAAAAUUAAAUCUUUACCUUUUAGAGAAAUAGAAAGUGUAGUAAUCAGGUGUGUGAAUGAGGAUAAUGAGUGUCCGAAGGAAUUUCCAUACUCAUUCAGCGUAAAAUCGAAGAAAAGAGAAUUCUUUUUCUCAUGCAAAACUAAAACUGAAAGAGAUUAAUGGCUUUAGUGCUUUGACAUGCUUCUUGAGUUCCGUAAAAUUCUUACAUUCUAAGCGACUUAAAAUAAAAUCUCUUAUUAAAAUACCAAUCAAGUAAAUCAGUCAAGCUCAUAACUUGGUAGAGCGUAGAGUACUCUUGCUAAAGAAGACGGCAUGCAACCUAUUGAUAAUGUCUAAGCUCUUCAACUUGACAUGUAGCAAAUUCAGGGCAUCAAAGAUGCAGCUCAGAUCCAAGCUAUGAAGUAAUAGAAAUUUUAAGAGUAAUAAUACUAAACGAUGAAAGAAGAAAUAGAACGUAAACGCUAUUAUCUAUCAUUAAACGAUGAAAAAUUGAAAAAAGAAAAAGAUAAACUUGAAAGGAGUCAUACUUAAUAGAGAAAAUCAGCAGCCAAGAAAAAUUAAAAAGCAAGAGAAGAUAAAAGAACUCAUUCACGAUAAAAAAAUGGAUUUUAGGAUGAUAAUAAUGGCGAGCAUGAAUAUGAUUAAGAGACAGAUUCUGGUGCAGAAGAUGAAAAUGAAAAAUACAUUAAUAGGAAUAAAUCAAGCAAUGAAAAAGAAGAGGAGGAGAGGAAACUCUAGAUAAGAAUGAAAAAAUAGUAAGAAAUUAGAGAAAGAAAGGAACGACAGAUUUAAAUAUAAGAAGAGUAAAUUUAAAAGUUAAACAUGAGUGAUUAAUAAGAUUAGACCCAAGAAGCAUCUAAAUAUAAAGAUAAAGAGGAUGUAAAGCUAAGGCAACAAGAAUCCUAAAAUGCAGGUCCUCAGAAAACCCCAGCAUUAGAAGGUUUUCUCAAAAAAACAGGUACUCCAAAAUAAAUCUUGAUUAAAAGAGGCUUGAGUGGUAGCAGAGAUCCUACUAAUGAGAGUCUAGCUUCUGGCAGUAUAAUAAAUAAUAUUCAAAACAUGAAUAAUCUAAAUAUCCCUCUAGGCAAAAGAAGCCCGUAAAAUAUGUUUUAAAAGCAAUCGCCAGUAAUAAGUAAAAGUAAAAUUAAUUUUAACAAAUAAGGCCCUGAAUCAAUAAAUCAAACUACUAUAUCAAUUAAUCAAAAUCUCAAAGAAAUAAACAAGAGUCAAAGUAAUACAAUAAAUAAUGCUGAGAAUAAUAGCAUCAAUAACUAACUAGGCAAAUAUUAAAAGCCAGCAAACACUUCUUAAAUAUCCUCUAACGAAAAAAACUCAGAAUCUAGAGUAGAAUUGAUUCCGAGAAAUUCAACUCAUUUACAAAAUAGACAGACUCCCAAAUCUAUUAGAUACAGCAAAAGCAGUAAUAGAAAAUAAAAUAUUAUGGAAAUAGAGGGUGAUCCUGAUGACUUAGAGGAGGAAUUGCCUUUUUAAAUGGGAGGAGAAAAUAUAAUCACUGGAUAGAAUUAAUUAUAAUAAUUCAAUGGCUAGCUGUUAGAUAAGUAAACUGCAAAUAAUUUAAACUUGACUUCAAAUAAUACUGCUGUAGAUGAAUUUUUUAAAUAAUACGAAAAGGACAAUAAAAUGAGAUAAAGCUAGCAAUUGAUGUUUAGCACACCUUAAAUACAAAAGAAAUUGAAAGAGUAAGAAAUUUAGAAUGGGAUUUAGCACAUUUUAGAGGUUAAGAAUUAGGUUACCUAAGACUUUAACGAAAUUAUCUAGAAAUAAAGAGAUCAGAAUUUUCUUGAGAGGAUUGAAAAGAAAAGAUAGGUUAAUGGUAGUACUAAUUAGGGUGGAGGUCCUUUGAUUAUAACUAAGGAUAAGAUAAAUUUAGUUGAAGAGGCAUAAAGAGAACAGGUUUAGAUAUAGAAACUAGAAAAGUAAAAACAGUCUGGCUGGCUAAUAAACGCUGAAAAGAAUUAAUCUAAUGGUUAGUAUAACUUUAACGGAGGGUAUAUUGGGACACCAAAGAAUAAUAGCAACCUUAAUUAAAAUAUCAAUAAUCUAGUGUUGGACUAGAAACAUUUAAUAGACUAGCAAAAUGAAGAUGAUGACCCCGAUGACUUUGAUAAACCAAUUAUUGACUAUAAAUCUAAGACUCUUAACUUUAAUUUAAAUAAUUUAAGCAAUAAUGGCAAAAAGAAACUGGAAUAAUUUGACUACAAUUGGGACGAUGAUGAGGAUCAAGAGGCUGAAACGACACAUAUUGGCAGUAGUGAGAAAAAGAAGUAACAAAGUAAAAAUUAAGAUAAUAAGAAUAAAAAACCUGUAAACUUAGUAAAAGAUUUCCGCAGUAGCAGGCAAGUGGUUAUCUCUUCCAAAGACAAUUUCAAUGAUCAGAAUAAAAAGAUCUCAAAUAAUAGCAACAAUGUAAAUCCCUUAGGCAAGUAGGAUGAUUCAUUCGAGGAGGUUUGGGAUUGA